AUGCUAUUGAAGAAAGAAGUGCCUACACAACAUUUGAAGGCAGUGCAAAGACUCUUCACAUUAAAAUGGAAACUCAUCAGGGAGUCCAGAGCCAGAUGGGCUAAGAACCUCAGCGACAACAGUGGUAACGUGACUGUUGCACAAAUGACUGCUAGUGAAGGUCUGCUGUGUGCUAUUGGCUGGUUCAUAGCCCACAGAGACAGUCCCAGCUCAGCUCCGUGUCCCGCAGGCGCCGUCACCGAAGUCAAAACGGACAUCUACGUGACCAGCUUCGGGCCGGUGUCCGACGUGGAGAUGGAAUACACAAUGGAUGUCUUCUUUCGGCAGACAUGGACUGAUGAGAGGUUAAAGUUUACUGGGCCAACUGAAAUUUUGAAAUUGAACAAUUUAAUGGUCAGUAAAAUUUGGACACCAGACACAUUUUUUAGAAAUGGAAAAAAAUCAAUUGCUCAUAAUAUGACAACUCCUAACAAACUUUUCAGAAUUAUGCAGAAUGGAACUGUUCUUUACACAAUGAGACUAACCAUUAAUGCUGAUUGUCCUAUGCGGUUGGUGAACUUCCCUAUGGAUGGACAUGCUUGUCCAUUGAAGUUUGGAAGCUAUGCUUAUCCAAAAAGUGAAAUAAUUUACACAUGGAAAAAAGGACCCCUGCAUUCGGUAGAAGUACCACAGGAGUCUUCCAGUCUCCUCCAGUAUGACCUCAUAGGACAAACUGUAUCUAGUGAAACAAUUAAAUCUAACACAGGUGAAUAUGUAAUCAUGACCGUUUAUUUCCAUUUGCAAAGGAAGAUGGGCUACUUCAUGAUACAGAUAUAUACUCCAUGCAUUAUGACAGUCAUUCUUUCUCAGGUGUCUUUCUGGAUUAACAAGGAGUCUGUUCCAGCCAGAACAGUUUUUGGUGAAUAUUCACUUCAGCUGCUCUAUUUCCAUCUUCAAAGGAAAAUAGGCUACUAUCUCAUUCAGACAUACAUUCCAUGCAUCAUGACUGUAGUCCUGUCUCAAGUUGUGUUUUGGAUCAACAAAGAAUCUGUUCCAGCAAGAACCGUGGCUGGAAUCACUACAGUUCUAACAAUGACCACUUUAAGCAUCAGCGCACGCCAUUCUUUGCCCAAGGUGUCCUAUGCUACCGCCAUGGAUUGGUUCAUAGCUGUGUGCUUUGCCUUUGUCUUCUCUGCACUUAUUGAGUUUGCAGCUGUCAACUACUUUACCAAUCUUCAGACUCAGAGAGCGAUGAGGAAGGCAGCCAGGGCAGCAGCACUGGCAGCAGCACUAUCAGCAGCAACUGUACCGGCAGAGGACGAGAUUGUCUCGCAUUCUGACUCCAACUGUAACCUGAAGAAGCGAGUAAACACCAUAACAUCUCAGGCAGAUCUGUCUCCUGAAGCCAGCAUAAUAACAAAUAGUGCACCCCAGUGUCAACCACUGUCUGUUCCUCCACCAGCCCCCCCCCCACCACCUCCUAUUGGAGGCACAAGUAAAAUAGACCAGUAUUCUAGGAUCCUCUUUCCAGUGGCAUUUGCAGGAUUCAACCUCGUGUACUGGGUCGUUUAUCUUUCAAAAGACACAAUGGAAUUUUUUGAACCUACUGCAAUGCAUCUUCGAAAUGCCCAUCAGUCCAACUGAAGAACAGCUCAAGGUUUCAAAAAAAUCAAUGGAGGUCAUGCAGGGCUGAAGGGACUUCACAGGAUUUGUCUAUCCACAGGUGCUCUCAAUUUUAAAACAGGAAAUAUUUAUAUUGGACAUCACCUGGAAACAAACUCUGGACAAAUUAAAAAGAUAGAAAUAGCACAAGGUUCUAACAAUACUUUUGUUAAGAUUUCUUACCUUGACUCUACUAUAAAAGGUUUUGUUAAAUUAUUUUGUUCAGUUGUUAAAGAAAAUAAUGUGCAUUUGUUCUAAUUCUGUUAUAAACAAUUGAAUGUUUACACUGAUAUAAAACAUCAAUAACAGGAUUAUUUUUAAAAAAUACAAUAAGAAUUGCUAAAAUAAGCCUGAUGCUGAACUGGUAUAACUUGCCAUCUUUCACUGCAAGGUUAGGAGCUGCACUGAUUUGCAGCACUUAAAAUUGACCCAAAAUAAUGUUAAGAAAUCCUGUGAAAGGGAGUCACAAUCCCAUCAUAUUUUCAUAACCCUUUCAUAGAAAAGAUGUGAUGAAUUCUGGUUUUCUUUAAUUUCAUUUUCAUCUCUUUUAAUUUGAGAUAAUAUUUAUGAACAACAAGAUAUAAGAUAAAAGGAAAUAGAAACUAUUGUUAAUGUACUUUAGCUAGUGAGUUAUGAUAGUGUAACUUUGUGGAGAAUGACCAUGGAAGUACAACCAGACUAAUAAGCAAUUUCUUGGCAGGAUCUAGAAAUGCAGGACUGACAUGUCAGGGUGUUUUUAAGGUCUAAAGAUGAAUAGACGGAAAGUUGCAGCUCCCCAUCAAGCUAAACACAAACUUCCAGCUCUAGGAACUUCCUCGAAGCAAGUCUUCAUAGGGAACAAGCUGAUUCUACUGAGCUGCCUAUAGCAAACUCCCUAGAACUUAUUUCUAGAGGCAAAGUACUGUCAGCAUAUCCAGAGUUUAAAUGUAAUAUUUUAAUUUAUUUGUCACUCUCAACAGAAGCAGUCACAGGAUUUCUUUCUCAUAUUUCAGAGUCACCUAUUAUUUAAAUUAUUGUAUAUACAUUUUUCAUCUCCAUCACCCUUCUUAAGAAUGUAAUUAGGAAAGAUAUGCCUAAUCAAAUCAAACCCAAGCCAGCUUUGUUGCAGGUGUAAUGGAUGUGGGUGGGAAUCAAAAGCACACAAAGAAGUUUUACAUGCAGCCAAAUAAAAAUUAAGGACACCUAUCUUGAAAUUAAUUUUACUAAAUUAAAAUGAAAUAAAUUUUAACAGAAAUAUUAAAUGCUGCAUUGACUCAGGAAAUUCAGGAUCUUUUGCUUUGUCUAAACAAAAUGUUAGUCACUCUAGAAAAUAUUUAGGGACUAACUAAUUGACUCCAGUAAGUUGUCUGCUGCUUUAUUGUCACUAUAACAAUUUUAAUUAUGUGAUGACCUAUGUGCAGUUGUUUUCCUGCUAUUUCAAGAGAGGUAUAUAGCUUUUACUAGUGUGAUAGCUGGAUUGAACAUGUGAAAUCAGUUUUUGUGCUCCUUGUCCUUUAACUCUGAAGAGCUUAGAUGGGGACAAUUUAAGUAGAUUCAAGUCAAUAAUAACUAUUGUUUGCACAGAAAUGUCAUGUUUGCAGUUUGCUUUUCCUGACGCUGCAGGCUGGCACACUUGGUUGUAUUUGUAAGUGCACUGAAUUCUUUCUUCAUUUUGCUUUGAAACUAAAAUUAUGACAAUUUUUCCCAUUUUCAGUUUUUAUAAUACUAUUUUUUAAAAAAAUUAAAAUAUGGACAUUGGGCAAGUAUUUUAUAAUUAGUAAAUACAUCUUACUUUGCAAAAAAAUAUGCUAUAGGGAUCCAGAGGUUAUUUUCAGUAUAACUAUGCUCAUUCUUGCUUCACUGACUAAUUUUCUAUUUUGAGUACAUUAAUAUCUGUAGUUUUCAGCAUACUUUGAAAUUGGUUUAUGCACAAAAUGAAAAUGUUUAAAAGCUAUGGGUAAACAACACUGAAGAAGCUAAAUUUUUUAUCUGAUCUUUGUUUAAAAGAAAUCUAAACAUGCAUUUUAUAGCAGAUGCAGAGAGUUACUAAACAGUCACUAUUUCCUUGGAGUAUUUAAAGGUAUAAAAUAGUGAUUAGGAAACUAUAUCAGCACCUUAAAAAUUUGCUUAGCAGCUCUUGGUAGUCAACAGCAUAUUUCAACAUGACCACAAAGACUGCUUAUCUUUUUUAAAGGAGCUUUUUUUGUAGAGAAGAUAAGGGUUGGUUCUCCACAUCUGUUUGAAUGGUAGGAAGGGAAUAUGUUUUUUUUCCUAUUACCUGCUUUGUAGAGACACAGGUGAAGCCAAUAAUAACGUUAAUACUGUCAAGUUAUAUCUUAGGAUAAAUGUAAAUACUUACAAUUAACAUCAGUUCUUAACAGUCCUGGUUAUGGUCAAACACUAACCAGACAAACAAUACAGUAAAAAGAACAGAUAAUAGAAAAGGUUCCUUUAUAUGUAUGUAUUUAUGUAUGCAUAUAUACAUAUGUAUCUCUGUAGAAAAUAUAAAUAUUUCUCUACUUAAUACAAAUUUAAAGGAAAUUAGGAGAUAUGGGUUUCUUCUAGUAUUUCUGACUGUAUUGCAAUUGGAAGAGGAGGAGCUAAGGUUGAGAUAAGAUGAGAAUAUGUACAUGUAAAACAGGACACUGUGGGGGAGAAGACAGGCUAUUGAGCUAUCAUACUCUGGUAAUACAUUAUUCAACACUGACCUAACUUUCUAUGUAUUCUGGUAGAAAGGAUACUCUGGUUUUAGCCCACAGAGCCCUCAAAGGGACAGAGUGUAGCUUAAAUUCAUCUUUAGCAUGUUCUGCUUGAUCAGAGGUACAAAAAAUAGAACUAAGAACACAAUUACAGAAUUAUGUCAUACUAUAAGAGAAACCUCAAUUAUAUAUUAGUCUUUUUGAUCUGGGUUUUUCUACUCCCCUCCCCCUACAUUGUUUUUCAUGAUUUCUAAACCAAAUAAAAAUUGAACAGUUUUAAGAUACAGAAACUAUGCAGUGGCACACUAGAUCAGCCCUGAGAUCAUCUGCUACUGUGUUCAUAGUUCUCACCAGAAGCUAAAGCAAGAGUUGAAUAAACCCCAGAAAUGUGAAGAUCAAAGUCCUCCACUCUUUUGAUACAGCGUGCUGUCCAGUGUUUUGAUAUUUUGAUGCAUCCUGUCAUGUUACUGAUGCAAGGCCUUUCUCUUGUACAUAUGCAAACAAAAUUCAGAGGUGACUUCAUUAUUGCUUAGUUCAUUACAUUCUUGUUUGUCUUGCAGCUCAUGACAAGAGCAUCAUUCCUCAUCUGCCUUCUUUACAGAAGUCAUUCUUGCAGGAUUUUCCUCUAAUCAGUAAGCAAUCAAAGCCUUUCAGCUCUCCACAUAAAUGCUGUCUGUCACCUGGCUUUGUGGAGAAACCUGUGAAAAAAAAAGUCCUUAUCCACAGUCAUAAUGAGUAGAGACUUGCGGAGUAAACUGUUCUGUUCUGCAUCUCUACUUCAACAAAAUUAUCAGUCAGCCACGGCUGGAGUGGUGCUUGUGUACAAAGAAUAAAGAUCCACAAUUCAUUUCCAGACAGCAGUUUGUUGCAAGUGAUAGCAAUUGAGUGUCAGCAAAGUAUAUUGGAAGCAGAAGUCAGUGACAGAACAUGAAUGAGACUCAGCCGUGCUUUCUGAGAUGCAAGUCUUAAAACAAAAUUUGACCAAGAGAAAUUAAAAAAUCCAAAUAAACCAAUAUCAUCCACACAGUUGUAAAGUAGGAAACAAAAUUCCAUGCAUUUUAAGAGUCCUUAAAAAAAACCAACAAACCAAACUAUUCUUAAUCCUGUCAAAAACCAAAAUAUAUGUGAUCUUUCAAACACAGAUGAGGAAAAAACCCUAAAUUGUAUAUAUAAUGUAGUUAUAUAAAAGUAAGACAACACAAGUCACUGCAGAACUUCAUAAACCAUGUAACAUGCAUUUUUGCUAAAUCACUUUGCAACACAUUUGGGUCAUUAAUAAAGAGAUCAUUAGUUCAUGAAAGCAUGAUGUGACCUCAAUUAUGACUAUAUUUUUUACUCCAUCAAUGAGUAAUCUCUAAUAGUUAUAAGAUACUAAAUUCUUUACUUGCCUUAAGGAGCAAAUAAGCCUCUUUAGGCCACAGAUAGUUAUAUAUUCAAGCAAUACUGCAAAGGUUUUUCUCCCCACAUCACACUUGCUUUGUUUAUAAUGCUUUCAUAGAGCAGAUAGAAAUAAGUUUUAUUUACUUCUAAAUAAAAACAGCUUAAAACUCUUUACUGAAAUACUUACAUCUGCUAUUCCUGUACAUUAAAAAAAACAUAAUUACUAUAACAAUGCCAGCUUUGCUUUGGUUAAAGUUAGGAAAUACCAACUGUUAGAAGCUGACUUUGGCAAUAGCAAAUGUUAGAAGCUGACUUUUCUAAGGUCUUUAAACUCAGUGUGCUGAUUUAAACUUCAUAGAGACAUGGUGUUCCCAGUGGGAGCUGUGGGAUUUAAAAGUGGGUUUUCACCAAAGAAGUCACAGGUUCUAUCUGCAUGUGAAAUAAAUCAUAGUAAAAGACAAAUACUAAAGCUCAAAUUAUAUCCUUUAUUGUUUGCUUUCAUCUUCCUUGUGUCUACCAAGUGAUCCGACUCAACCAGUAUUUAAGUCAAUGUAUAACAUUUGCAAUCUCAUCAGGAAAUUAAAGAAUUGUUAGCUCCAUAGAUGAGUCUGUGGUAAAGAUUGGAUUGUGAUGGUGAGACAGACUAGAAAUGAUCAGAAAUAGACUAGUUUAUCUAAAGAUUUGACUUUCACUGAAUUGAAUUUAUUUUAAAAAGCUUUGUAUGUACAAAGACAUGGGUUUGGGUCAAUAAAUGUAAUCAGUGUGCA